AUGUCUGACUCCAGACUGAUGGAUGUGGAACCUGGUGGCGAGAGCACCCAGUACGAGUCGAUAGUCGAGUUUACGAAACCUCCUCCGAAGCAGACAGGUCAGCUAGGUGAAGGCGCAUCGCAUAACAAAAGUCACACUGUCGCAGGUGUAGGCGAUCCUAUUACUAAGGACGAUGAAUAUACCCUAGCACAGAAGUUAGGAAGAGGGGCCUGUGAGCCCAGCAAAGAAGAUCUUGAUCUUGACGCGGCAGCCGACGCUGCGGCUGUACGGGCCAGGAGACAACAGGGGUAUGGGCCUGAUCCAAAUGUCGGUACUUAG